UUAGUUCUUGAUUUCUCGAACCAGUGUUUCUGUAUUUGAGAUUAAGGUUAUUAUUUGAAAAUUUCGGGGGACUGAACUUUAGAUUAAGGAGUUUCGGUAUAUUAGAGAGCGGAAAAAAUAGGAAAUAUGGAAAAAUACGAGCUUGUGAAAGAUAUAGGUUCUGGUAAUUUUGGUGUGGCAAGGCUUAUGAGGAACAAGGACACGAAAGAACUCGUGGCUAUGAAAUACAUCGAAAGAGGACACAAGAUCGAUGAGAAUGUAGCACGAGAGAUCAUAAAUCACAGGUUUCUUCGGCACCCAAAUAUAAUUCGGUUUAAGGAGGUUGUUUUGACUCCCACCCAUCUUGCCAUUGUCAUGGAGUAUGCAGCUGGCGGUGAACUUUUUGAAAGAAUCUGCAGUGCCGGAAGAUUCAGUGAAGAUGAGUCCAGGUACUUCUUUCAGCAACUUAUAUCUGGAGUUAACUACUGCCACUCCAUGACAAUAUGCCAUAGAGAUUUGAAGUUGGAGAAUACCCUUCUGGAUGGAAGUCCUGCACCACUGCUAAAAAUAUGCGACUUUGGUUACUCAAAGUCAUCUCUGCUGCAUUCAAAGCCCAAAUCAACAGUUGGCACACCAGCUUAUAUUGCUCCGGAAGUUUUAUCUAGAAGAGAAUAUGAUGGAAAGUUGGCUGAUGUGUGGUCAUGUGGAGUGACCCUUUACGUGAUGCUGGUUGGAGCAUACCCUUUUGAAGACCAAGAUGAUCCAAAGAACUUUAGGAAAACUAUCCAACGAAUAAUGGCUGUUCAGUACAAGAUCCCAGACUACGUACACAUAUCUCAAGAUUGUAGGCACCUACUUUCCCGUAUAUUUGUUGCCAAUCCAGUCAGGAGAAUUACAAUCAACGAAAUCAAGUCACACCCGUGGUUUUUGAAAAAUCUACCAAGAGAACUAACUGAUGCAGCUCAGGCCUUGUAUUAUCAAAAAGGAAACCCUACCCAUUCCGUUCAAGGUGUUGAGGAAAUAAGGAAAAUCGUGGAAGAGGCCAGGACUCCUCCUCAGGCCUCUCGUUCACUUGGAGGCUUUGGUUGGGGAGGCGAAGAAGAUGAGGACAAAGAUGAAGAGGUAGAAGAAGAGGAUGAAGAAGACGAUGAUGAGUAUGAAAAACAAGUGAAAGCCGCACAUGCAAGUGGAGAAGUGCGUCUCUCUUGAGGCCUCCUAUUUACCUCUCAAGUAGAAUUAUAUCUGAAUUUUCAUGGUAAAUAAGUAAGUGUGUAAAUUGCAAGAGGCUUGUGCUUUUGAAUUACUGGGGUAAUAAAUUUGGACGAUGAAGUUUGAGUGUGUUUGUGUAGAAAUGGUGUGAUUCUAUAAAUUUGAUCUUGUCAAUGGAUUUCGAUGUAGAUUUGAAAAUUAUGGUUACUCCAGCUUUUGUUGUUUUCUGGAU